AGUCUUCCUUGUCACAACUGUCAUUCAAAUGGUUCAGAAAUGAGACGACAUUCGUUCAACGAAGAUCACAAGAAAAUUUUAACGUUCUGAUCGAAUUAGUGACUUGAAGAGUUCCUGCUAGAUAGAAACAUAAGAUAAGUUCUACUGCGAUGGCUGCCACGGCUAGAUCUGGAGGGGACAUUGAUCCCGCCAAAGAUGAACGUGCAGGCAAGGUUCGAGAAGUUGGGUCGCAGGCGGUUUGGAGUCUCUCCUCUUGUAAGCCAGGAAACGGUAUUGGACAGUUGAGAGAUGAUUGUAUGGACACCUAUUGGCAAUCUGAUGGUCAACUGCCUCAUCUCGUAAAUAUUCAGUUUAGAAGAAAGACCACUGUACGAGAUAUUUGUAUUUAUUUUGAUUACAAGAUUGAUGAGAGUUACUGUCCAAGCCGAAUCUCCAUCAGAGCAGGAACCAAUUUUAACGAUCUUCAGGAAGUUGAAGUGAUAGAACUCAAUGAACCAAAUGGUUGGGUUCGUAUACCAUUAAAAGACAUUCAUGAGAGACCCAUCAGGACUUUCAUGAUUCAAAUUGCUGUUCUUAGUAAUCAUCAAAAUGGACGAGACACUCAUGUGAGACAAAUCAAAAUCCACUCUCCAAUGGAAGCCAAAGGAGCAGCUCUUGACAACUUGGGGACCUUUGUAACUGUGGACUGCCAGCAGUAUAGUUGCAUAAGAUAGGCACCAAAGCAACUAGUUUUAAAUCUAGCUUUAAUGUUUGUUUUUUGUUAUUAGUGUAUCAAAUUGACAAGAUAUCAAUCAUGUAUGUUUGAACUGCUUAUCUAGUUAUGCUGACAAAUGCAAACUUAUGCAUAGUUUAUUUGUUAACUUUUCUACGAAAGUAAAUUAAAAUAGAAAGACUAGGUUGGUAAAAUGAUGUUUUAAUAGUUUUAUGACCAUUUCUUCAGAAUGUCAUGCCAAGUUAUUUCUUACUGUUUGUUAUUUAUAUGUGUCUUAUAUUAAGAGACAGUCUCUUGAACAUCAAUGAAAGUUGAGCUUGUAGUACUGUUUGACCGACUUUUUUAUAUUUUGCAAUAAAGAUGUGUGUUAUCAAGUGACAUGCCAAUUAUUUUGCUCAAUAAAUAAAUGUUUUAAAUAUUA